GCAAAUGAUUCUUUAAUUUAAUAUAUUGAUAGAAAAAUAAGCUCAAUGGAUGAAAAUUUCAAUAUGUAGGGUCUCUUUAACAAAAACAUUGCAAUCAAACUGGGUCAUAACAAUUUAGUUGUGUUUGAUUUGCCUACAAUCAAUUUAGUGACCAAACAUGAUUCCAAAUUCUCACCCCUAAUUCUGCCUACAAUUUGGUCAAAAGAAUGUUAUCCCAAUACGUAGCGACCCGGGAAAUUCGUUCUCAAAGUCAAAAGCAAACAAUAACAAUGCCGCUGACUUGUGUUAUUGCCUCAGUGGUUGUAUAUGACCGGAAUUACAUAGAAUUACCUUAACUUCAAACUUGCAUGCAUUGCAGGAUUAUUUCUUGUAAUUUACAUCUAAUUCAUUUUUUCUGCCUUAGCUUCCCCAUCCAUUAUCUGAUAAUGGAAGAGUCAAGAUGGAUUGCCUAUGCAGCUGCGUGGGUAUGGGCCACUGCACUCAUUCUGCUAGCAAAGCAUCUCCGCCAGAGAAGGCUUAAUCUGCCGCCGGGGCCCAAACCAUGGCCGAUCAUCGGGAACUUGGACCUCAUUGGUACCUUACCCCAUCGCUCCAUCCAUGACUUGUCGUUAAGGUACGGCCCCAUCAUGCAGCUCCGGUUCGGGUCCUUCCCGGUGGUUGUCGGAUCCUCCGUCGAAAUGGCCAAGACCUUCCUCAAAACCAUGGACAUCAACUUCGUUGGCAGGUACUAUUCUGAAUUUGGCUCUAGACCUUUAGUCAUAUAUUUUACUUUGAUUGAUAACGUUUUAUUUAUUAAUGUAUCGAAAAAUGUCAAAAGUUUAAGAGAUAUAAAGAAUAUAUUUUUGGAAAUUGAUAUAAAAAAAACUUCAACAUCCUGUUCUCUCAUUGUAUAUAGAUAGAAGUAUAGAACAUGUAUAUAGGAGUUUGCUUAAUGGGAUUGGAAUGACAACUAUCCUAAAAUAGAUAGGAAAUAGUAUAUUUUAUUCUAGAAUGUGAGUUUUGAAUUAGUUCUUUUAAAAUAUACAAACAAUGAAAAACUUGAAAAAAUGACAUGUUUUGAUGGUUUUUAUGUGGGGCCUAUCCCAUUUGGUUUCUUCUAUCCUCCCCCGGGGUGAGGGCGCGUGAUACUUUGGAUAGCUUGUCUAAUUUAGAUUUAGUUAGCCUUGAGUUCCUUUUGAUGCAAUGUAAAUGCUAUUUUUGGAUGUUAUUUUUAAUAUCCUAACUAACCUUUCAUCCAAAAAAGUUGAAAAAUUACCAACAGAGUUUUCUUAGACAAAAAAAAAUUAACAAACAUGUAUAUUUAGUAAAAAGAAACUUUUUUAGUAUAAUGUGACUCUUACAAUAUAUACUUGGUAUAAAAAUAACUUUUUAGAAUCGGGAAGAAAUAAUUAGUGUACCAUUCAAUUCUGUUUAGGCCUAAAACUGCCGCUGGGAAGUACACAACAUACAACUACUCCGAUAUAACAUGGUCCCAAUAUGGCCCUUACUGGCGGCAAGCACGGCGGAUGUGCACGACGGAGCUAUUCAGCUCGAAGCGCCUCGACUCUUUUGAAUACAUCAGGAGCGAGGAGGUGAAAUCCAUCCUCUCCGACCUGCACCAAAAGUCAUCAUCGGAUCGAGGACAGCCGUUAAUAUUGAAGGACUACCUCUUCACCCUGAGCUUGAACGUGAUCAGCCAGAUGGUGCUGGGGAAGAGUUACUUGAAUGAGUGGGAAGGGGCUGUGGUGAGCCCUAAUGAAUUCAAGAAUAUGAUAGACGAGCUGUUCUUGCUCAAUGGGGUGCUAGACAUUGGAGAUUCCAUCCCGUGGAUCGCGUUCUUGGAUUUACAGGGGAACAUAAAGAGGAUGAAGUCAUUGAGCAAGAAGUUUGGCAAGUUUCUUGAGCACAUUCUUGAUGAACAUGAUGGUAGGAGGACGGCCGAGGGUAAGUAGUUCAUUGCCAUGGAUAUGGUGGAUGUUUUGCUCCAGCUUGCUGGUAAUCCUCACAAUGAAGUGAAGCUCAGGAGGAACGGAAUCAAGG